GAAUGAUACCAGUCACUGAUUUUUUUCUUCCUUGAAACCAUUUCUAGGGUUUUUUUCUUAGAUGGCUUUGACUCUGCAUUUUAAUUCAGUAUCGAAUCCUUUUAGAUCUCGUUGUUCAGAAAAUGGUAACGUUAAUUUGACUACAGCGAAAAUUUUAUUUCGCAUUUCUUCUGAUUUAACAACCCCCAAAGCUAGGUUUGUUGUGAAAAGAUCAGAAACCUUAGCCGUAAAACAACUCGAGCGUCCAUUGAUGGAGUAUAUGAGUUUGCCUGCAAGUCAAUACUCUGUGCUGGAUGCUGAGAGGAUUGAACGUGUUGAUGAGAACACAUUUAGGUGUUAUGUUUAUAGAUUUAAGUUCUUUGCAUUUGAAGUUUGCCCUGUUUUGCUUGUCAAAGUUGAGGAACAACUUAAUGGGUGUUGCAUCAGACUCCUGUCCUGCAAGCUGGAAGGUUCACCGAUUGUGGUUGCGCAAAAUGAGAAGUUUUCUGCUUCAAUGGUGAAUCAAAUAUCGUGCGGGAAUGGUCAGGGCGACUCAUCUUCACAGCAGCUCAGUUCAGAUGCCGAGAUAGAGGUAACCAUCGACAUCCCUUUUGCUUUUCGAGCAAUUCCGGUGGAGGCAAUUGAAUCAUCAGGAGCGCAAGUCCUGGACCAAAUAUUACGACUCAUGCUUCCACGAUUUAUGGCUCAGCUAGCGAAGGAUUAUCAGGCGUGGGCUUCUGGUGACACUUCCAGGCAGCCUCUUGGAAGUGGCAAGAUUUGAUGAUCCUAUUUUACAAUUGGAUUUAAAUCGCAAUUCACGUCUUCACAUGAUUGUAUUUAUUUAUUAUUGGUGACUCUUGAGGAUCUGUAUCUCCUCUUAUUGUUGUACCUUUUUGAUUAAUGCAUUUUGAAAGCUCUUGCAACAAAUGUUCUUAUAGGCUAGUGUUAAAUAAAGUGGCACUUUUUUUCUUCAAA